UCAACAUGACAUCACCAGUCAGCCCCACUUCAUCACCAGUCAACAUGACAUCACCAGUCAGCCCCACUUCAUCACCAGUUAACUUGACUUCACCAUCAGUCAACUUGACAUCACCACAAGUCAACAUUACUUCAACCACAGCCAAUCCCACCUCAUCACAUAUCAACAUGACAUCACCACUCAAAACAACCUCAUCACCUGUCAACAUUACCUCACCACCAGUCAACAUGACAUCAACAUUCAACCCCACCCCACCACCAGUCAACUUUACUUCACCACCAGUAAACAUGACUUCAUCACCAUUUAAUCCCACCUCAUUACCAGUAAACAUGACAUCAUCAGUACUCAACAUUACUUCACCACCAGUAAACGUUACAUCACCGUUCAACCCCACCUCAUCACCAGUCAACAUGACGUCACCACUACACAACAUCACCACACUUCCAGUAAACUUCACCUCAUCACCAUUCAAUCCCACCUCAUCACCAGUCAACAUGACAUCACCACCAGUCAACAUGACAUCACCAGUCAACCCCACCACAUCACCAGUCAACAUGACAUCACCAGUCAGCCCCACUUCAUCACCAGUCAACAUGACAUCGGCACCAGUCAACAUGACUUCAUCACCACCAGUUGACAUUACUUCAGCACCAGGUAAUGCAAGCACUCCACCUGUCACUGGAACAUCAUCACCACCAAGCAUCACAACUACAAGCUCUCCAACUGCAACUACAACCCCAACACCUACCACAACAGAGUCAAAAAUCAAGUUGGAAUUUAAGAUUCAGCAAACCUUUACUCCUCAACUUGCAAACAAAUCUUCACCAGCGUUCCUUGAAUUAAAGAACGAAGUGACUACAGUGCUCGACAUGGUCUAUUCAGAACAAUAUGGAUCCAGCUUCAAUCGUACUGUCAUCAACAGCUUCAGUCAAGGAUCUGUGGUGGUAGAUGUUGAACUGAUAUUCAAUGAAGGGAAUACAUUACCAAAUGCCACUUCUGUGGCUGGAACUUUGGUGACUGCCUCUUCCAGUUCCAAUUUUUCUCUCAGUGUCAACACAUCUUCUAUUUCUGCAACAGUUGUUUUAGCUGCAACUCCAGCCCCAACCACAGUUGCCCCUUCAACACCACUUGUCAACAUCACCUCACCUCCAGUCAACAUGACUUCAUCACCAGUCAACCCAACAUCAUCACCAGUCAACCCAACAUCAUCACCAGUCAACAUGACAUCAUCACCAGUCAACAUGACCUCAUCAUCAGGUAACAUCACCUCACCACCAGUCAACAUGACAUCACCCUUCAACCCAACCACAUCAACAUUCAACAUUACUUCACCACCAGUCCACCCAACUUCACCUUCAGUCAACAUGACAUCACCACCAGUUAACAUGACAUCAUCACCAGCCAACAUUACUUCACCAUCAGUCAAUAUUACAUCACCAGUCAACCCAACAUCACCACCAGUCAACAUUACUUCACCCUCAGUCAACCCAACUUCACCAUCAGUCAACAUGACAUCACCAUCAGUCAACAUGACAUCACCGCCAGUCAACAUUACAUCACCCUUCAACCCAACCACAUCACCAUUCAACAUUACUUCACCACCAGUCCACCCAACUUCACCUUCAGUCAACAUGACAUCACCACCAGUUAACAUGACAUCAUCACCAGCCAACAUUACUUCACCACCAGUAAACUUUACUUCACCACCAGAAAAUAUGACAUCACCGUUCAACCCCACCUCAUCACCAGUCAACAUGACGUCACCACUACACAACAUCACCUCACUUCCAGUAAACUUCACCUCAUCACCAUUCAAUCCCACUUCAUCACCAGUCAACAGGACAUCACCACUUCCAAACAUUACUUCACCACUAGUCAACAUGACAUCACCAGUCAACCCCACCUCAUCACCAGUCAACAUGACAUCGCCACCAGUCAACUUUACUUCACCACCAGUCAACAUGACAUCACAAGUCAACCCCACCUCAUCACCAGUCAACAUGACAUCGCCACAAGUCAACUUUACUUCACCACCAGUCAACAUGACAUCACCAGUCAACCCCACCUCAUCACCUGUCAACAUGACAUCACCACUUCCCAACAUGACAUCACCACCAGUCAACAUGACAUCACCAGCCAACCCCACCUCAUUACCAGUCAAUAUGACAUCGCCACCACCAAACAUUACUUCACUACCAGUCAACAUGACAUCACCAGUCAACCCCACCACAUCACCAGUCAACAUGACAUCACCAGUCAGCCCCACUUCAUCACCAGUUAACUUGACUUCACCAUCAGUCAACUUGACAUCACCACAAGUCAACAUUACUUCAACCACAGCCAAUCCCACCUCAUCACAAAUCAACAUGACAUCACCACUCAAAACAACCUUAUCACCAGUCAACAUUACCUCACCACCAGUCAACAUGACAUCAACAUUCAACCCCACCCCACCACCAGUCAACUUUACUUCACCACCAGUAAACAUGACUUCAUCACCAUUUAAUCCCACCUCAUUACCAGUAAACAUGACAUCAUCAGUACUCAACAUUACUUCACCACCAGUAAACGUUACUUCACCAGUCAGCCCCACUUCAUCACCAGUCAACAUGACAUCAGCACCUGUCAACAUGACUUCAUCAUCACCAGUUGACAUUACUUCAGCACCAGGUAAUGCAAGCACUCCACCUGUCACUGGAACAUCAUCACCACCAAGCAUCACAACUACAAGCUCUCCAACUGCAACUACAACCCCAACACCUACCACAACAGAGUCAAAAAUCAAGUUGGAAUUUAAGAUUCAGCAAACCUUUACUCCUCAACUUGCAAACAAAUCUUCACCAGCGUUCCUUGAAUUAAAGAACGAAGUGACUACAGUGCUCGACAUGGUCUAUUCAGAACAAUAUGGAUCCAGCUUCAAUCGUACUGUCAUCAACAGCUUCAGUCAAGGAUCUGUGGUGGUAGAUGUUGAACUGAUAUUCAAUGAAGGGAAUACAUUACCAAAUGCCACUUCUGUGGCUGGAACUUUGGUGACUGCCUCUUCCAGUUCCAAUUUUUCUCUCAGUGUCAACACAUCUUCUAUUUCUGCAACAGUUGUUUUAGCUGCAACUCCAGCCCCAACCACAGUUGCCCCUUCAACACCACUUGUCAACAUCACCUCACCUCCAGUCAACAUGACUUCAUCACCAGUCAACCCAACAUCAUCACCAGUCAACCCAACAUCAUCACCAGUCAACAUGACAUCAUCACCAGUCAACAUGACCUCAUCAUCAGGUAACAUCACCUCACCACCAGUCAACAUGACAUCAACACCAGUCACCAUUACUUCACCCUUAGUCAACCCAACUUCACCAUCAGUCAACAUUACAUCACCACCAGUCAACAUGACAUCAACACCAGCCAACAUUACUUCACCAUCACUCCACCCAACUUCACCAUUAGUCAACAUGACAUCAACACCAGCCAACAUGACAUCACCGCCAGUCAACAUUACAUCACCACCAGUCAACAUGACAUCAACACCAGUCAACAUUACAUCACCAGUCAACCCAACAUCACCAUCAGUCAACAUGACAUCACCAUCAGUCAACAUGACAUCACCGCCAGUCAACAUUACAUCACCACCAGUCCACCCAACUUCACCAUCAGUCAACAUGACAUCACCACCAGUCAACAUUACAUCACCCUUCAACCCAACCACAUCACCAUUCAACAUUACUUCACCACCAGUCCACCCAACUUCACCUUCAGUCAACAUGACAUCACCACCAGUUAACAUGACAUCAUCACCAGCCAACAUUACUUCACCAUCAGUCAAUAUUACAUCACCAGUCAACCCAACCUCACCAUCAGUCAACAUUACUUCACCACCAGUCAACAUUACAUCACCAGUCAACCCAACAUCACCACCAGUCAACAUUACUUCACCCUCAGUCAACCCAACUUCACCAUCAGUCAACAUGACAUCACCAUCAGUCAACAUGACAUCACCGCCAGUCAACAUUACAUCACCCUUCAACCCAACCACAUCACCAUUCAACAUUACUUCACCACCAGUCCACCCAACUUCACCUUCAGUCAACAUGACAUCACCACCAGUUAACAUGACAUCAUCACCAGCCAACAUUACUUCACCACCAGUAAACUUUACUUCACCACCAGAAAAUAUGACAUCACCGUUCAACCCCACCUCAUCACCAGUCAACAUGACGUCACCACUACACAACAUCACCUCACUUCCAGUAAACUUCACCUCAUCACCAUUCAAUCCCACUUCAUCACCAGUCAACAGGACAUCACCACUUCCAAACAUUACUUCACCACUAGUCAACAUGACAUCACCAGUCAACCCCACCUCAUCACCAGUCAACAUGACAUCGCCACCAGUCAACUUUACUUCACCACCAGUCAACAUGACAUCACCAGUCAACCCCACCUCAUCACCAGUCAACAUGACAUCGCCACAAGUCAACUUUACUUCACCACCAGUCAACAUCACAUCACCAGUCAACCCCACCACAUCACCAGUCAACAUGACAUCACCAGUCAGCCCCACUUCAUCACCAGUCAACAUGACAUCGGCACCAGUCAACAUGACUUCAUCACCACCAGUUGACAUUACUUCAGCACCAGGUAACAUGACAUCACCAGUCAACCCCACCACAUCACCAGUCAACAUGACAUCACCAAUCAACCCCACCUCAUCACCAGUCAACAUGACAUCGCCACCAGUCAACUUUACUUCACCACCAGUCAACAUGACAUCACCAGUCAACCCCACCUCAUCACCUGUCAACAUGACAUCACCACUUCCCAACAUGACAUCACCACCAGUCAACAUGACAUCACCAGCCAACCCCACCUCAUUACCAGUCAAUAUGACAUCGCCACCACCAAACAUUACUUCACUACCAGUCAACAUGACAUCACCAGUCAACCCCACCACAUCACCAGUCAACAUGACAUCACCAGUCAGCCCCACUUCAUCACCAGUUAACAUUACCUCACCACCAGUCAACAUGACAUCAACAUUCAACCCCACCCCACCACCAGUCAACUUUACUUCACCACCAGUAAACAUGACUUCAUCACCAGUCAGCCCCACUUCAUCACCAGUCAACAUGACAUCAGCACCUGUCAACAUGACUUCAUCAUCACCAGUUGACAUUACUUCAGCACCAGGUAAUGCAAGCACUCCACCUGUCACUGGAACAUCAUCACCACCAAGCAUCACAACUACAAGCUCUCCAACUGCAACUACAACCCCAACACCUACCACAACAGAGUCAAAAAUCAAGUUGGAAUUUAAGAUUCAGCAAACCUUUACUCCUCAACUUGCAAACAAAUCUUCACCAGCGUUCCUUGAAUUAAAGAACGAAGUGACUACAGUGCUCGACAUGGUCUAUUCAGAACAAUAUGGAUCCAGCUUCAAUCGUACUGUCAUCAACAGCUUCAGUCAAGGAUCUGUGGUGGUAGAUGUUGAACUGAUAUUCAAUGAAGGGAAUACAUUACCAAAUGCCACUUCUGUGGCUGGAACUUUGGUGACUGCCUCUUCCAGUUCCAAUUUUUCUCUCAGUGUCAACACAUCUUCUAUUUCUGCAACAGUUGUUUUAGCUGCAACUCCAGCCCCAACCACAGUUGCCCCUUCAACACCACUUGUCAACAUCACCUCACCUCCAGUCAACAUGACUUCAUCACCAGUCAACCCAACAUCAUCACCAGUCAACCCAACAUCAUCACCAGUCAACAUGACAUCAUCACCAGUCAACAUGACCUCAUCAUCAGGUAACAUCACCUCACCACCAGUCAACAUGACAUCACCCUUCAACCCAACCACAUCACCAUUCAACAUUACUUCACCACCAGUCCACCCAACUUCACCUUCAGUCAACAUGACAUCACCACCAGUUAACAUGACAUCAUCACCAGCCAACAUUACUUCACCAUCAGUCAAUAUUACAUCACCAGUCAACCCAACCUCACCAUCAGUCAACAUUACUUCACCACCAGUCAACAUUACAUCACCAGUCAACCCAACAUCACCACCAGUCAACAUUACUUCACCCUCAGUCAACCCAACUUCACCAUCAGUCAACAUGACAUCACCAUCAGUCAACAUGACAUCACCACCAGUCAACAUUACAUCACCCUUCAACCCAACCACAUCACCAUUCAACAUUACUUCACCACCAGUCCACCCAACUUCACCUUCAGUCAACAUGACAUCACCACCAGUUAACAUGACAUCAUCACCAGCCAACAUUACUUCACCACCAGUAAACUUUACUUCACCACCAGAAAAUAUGACAUCACCGUUCAACCCCACCUCAUCACCAGUCAACAUGACGUCACCACUACACAACAUCACCUCACUUCCAGUAAACUUCACCUCAUCACCAUUCAAUCCCACUUCAUCACCAGUCAACAGGACAUCACCACUUCCAAACAUUACUUCACCACUAGUCAACAUGACAUCACCAGUCAACCCCACCUCAUCACCAGUCAACAUGACAUCGCCACCAGUCAACUUUACUUCACCACCAGUCAACAUGACAUCACAAGUCAACCCCACCUCAUCACCAGUCAACAUGACAUCGCCACAAGUCAACUUUACUUCACCACCAGUCAACAUCACAUCACCAGUCAACCCCACCACAUCACCAGUCAACAUGACAUCACCAGUCAGCCCCACUUCAUCACCAGUCAACAUGACAUCGGCACCAGUCAACAUGACUUCAUCACCACCAGUUGACAUUACUUCAGCACCAGGUAACAUGACAUCACCAGUCAACCCCACCACAUCACCAGUCAACAUGACAUCACCAAUCAACCCCACCUCAUCACCAGUCAACAUGACAUCGCCACCAGUCAACUUUACUUCACCACCAGUCAACAUGACAUCACCAGUCAACCCCACCUCAUCACCAGUCAACAUGACAUCACCACUUCCCAACAUGACAUCACCACCAGUCAACAUGACAUCACCAGCCAACCCCACCUCAUUACCAGUCAAUAUGACAUCGCCACCACCAAACAUUACUUCACUACCAGUCAACAUGACAUCACCAGUCAACCCCACCACAUCACCAGUCAACAUGACAUCACCAGUCAACCCCACUUCAUCACCAGUUAACUUGACUUCACCAUCAGUCAACUUGACAUCACCACAAGUCAACAUUACUUCAACCACAGCCAAUCCCACCUCAUCACAAAUCAACAUGACAUCACCACUCAAAACAACCUUUUCACCAGUCAACAUUACCUCACCACCAGUCAACAUGACAUCAACAUUCAACCCCACCCCACCACCAGUCAACUUUACUUCACCACCAGUAAACAUGACUUCAUCACCAGUCAGCCCCACUUCAUCACCAGUCAACAUGACAUCAGCACCUGUCAACAUGACUUCAUCAUCACCAGUUGACAUUACUUCAGCACCAGGUAAUGCAAGCACUCCACCUGUCACUGGAACAUCAUCACCACCAAGCAUCACAACUACAAGCUCUCCAACUGCAACUACAACCCCAACACCUACCACAACAGAGUCAAAAAUCAAGUUGGAAUUUAAGAUUCAGCAAACCUUUACUCCUCAACUUGCAAACAAAUCUUCACCAGCGUUCCUUGAAUUAAAGAACGAAGUGACUACAGUGCUCGACAUGGUCUAUUCAGAACAAUAUGGAUCCAGCUUCAAUCGUACUGUCAUCAACAGCUUCAGUCAAGGAUCUGUGGUGGUAGAUGUUGAACUGAUAUUCAAUGAAGGGAAUACAUUACCAAAUGCCACUUCUGUGGCUGGAACUUUGGUGACUGCCUCUUCCAGUUCCAAUUUUUCUCUCAGUGUCAACACAUCUUCUAUUUCUGCAACAGUUGUUUUAGCUGCAACUCCAGCCCCAACCACAGUUGCCCCUUCAACACCACUUGUCAACAUCACCUCACCUCCAGUCAACAUGACUUCAUCACCAGUCAACCCAACAUCAUCACCAGUCAACCCAACAUCAUCACCAGUCAACAUGACAUCAUCACCAGUCAACAUGACCUCAUCAUCAGGUAAUGCAAGCACUCCACCUGUCACUGGAACAUCAUCACCACCAAGCAUCACAACUACAAGCUCUCCAACUGCAACUACAACCCCAACACCUACCACAACAGAGUCAAAAAUCAAGUUGGAAUUUAAGAUUCAGCAAACCUUUACUCCUCAACUUGCAAACAAAUCUUCACCAGCGUUCCUUGAAUUAAAGAACGAAGUGACUACAGUGCUCGACAUGGUCUAUUCAGAACAAUAUGGAUCCAGCUUCAAUCGUACUGUCAUCAACAGCUUCAGUCAAGGAUCUGUGGUGGUAGAUGUUGAACUGAUAUUCAAUGAAGGGAAUACAUUACCAAAUGCCACUUCUGUGGCUGGAACUUUGGUGACUGCCUCUUCCAGUUCCAAUUUUUCUCUCAGUGUCAACACAUCUUCUAUUUCUGCAACAGUUGUUUUAGCUGCAACUCCAGCCCCAACCACAGUUGCCCCUUCAACACCACUUGUCAACAUCACCUCACCUCCAGUCAACAUGACUUCAUCACCAGUCAACCCAACAUCAUCACCAGUCAACCCAACAUCAUCACCAGUCAACAUGACAUCAUCACCAGUCAACAUGACCUCAUCAUCAGGUAACAUCACCUCACCACCAGUCAACAUGACAUCAACACCAGUCACCAUUACUUCACCCUUAGUCAACCCAACUUCACCAUCAGUCAACAUUACAUCACCACCAGUCAACAUGACAUCAACACCAGCCAACAUUACCUCACCAUCACUCCACCCAACUUCACCAUUAGUCAACAUGACAUCAACACCAGCCAACAUGACAUCACCGCCAGUCAACAUUACAUCACCACCAGUCAACAUGACAUCAACACCAGUCAACAUUACGUCACCAGUCAACCCAACAUCACCAUCAGUCAACAUGACAUCACCAUCAGUCAACAUGACAUCACCGCCAGUCAACAUUACAUCACCACCAGUCCACCCAACUUCACCAUCAGUCAACAUGACAUCACCACCAGUCAACAUUACAUCACCCUUCAACCCAACCACAUCACCAUUCAACAUUACUUCACCACCAGUCCACCCAACUUCACCUUCAGUCAACAUGACAUCACCACCAGUUAACAUGACAUCAUCACCAGCCAACAUUACUUCACCAUCAGUCAAUAUUACAUCACCAGUCAACCCAACCUCACCAUCAGUCAACAUUACUUCACCACCAGUCAACAUUACAUCACCAGUCAACCCAACAUCACCACCAGUCAACAUUACUUCACCCUCAGUCAACCCAACUUCACCAUCAGUCAACAUGACAUCACCAUCAGUCAACAUGACAUCACCGCCAGUCAACAUUACAUCACCCUUCAACCCAACCACAUCACCAUUCAACAUUACUUCACCACCAGUCCACCCAACUUCACCUUCAGUCAACAUGACAUCACCACCAGUUAACAUGACAUCAUCACCAGCCAACAUUACUUCACCACCAGUAAACUUUACUUCACCACCAGAAAAUAUGACAUCACCGUUCAACCCCACCUCAUCACCAGUCAACAUGACGUCACCACUACACAACAUCACCUCACUUCCAGUAAACUUCACCUCAUCACCAUUCAAUCCCACUUCAUCACCAGUCAACAGGACAUCACCACUUCCAAACAUUACUUCACCACUAGUCAACAUGACAUCACCAGUCAACCCCACCUCAUCACCAGUCAACAUGACAUCGCCACCAGUCAACUUUACUUCACCACCAGUCAACAUGACAUCACAAGUCAACCCCACCUCAUCACCAGUCAACAUGACAUCGCCACAAGUCAACUUUACUUCACCACCAGUCAACAUCACAUCACCAGUCAACCCCACCACAUCACCAGUCAACAUGACAUCACCAGUCAGCCCCACUUCAUCACCAGUCAACAUGACAUCGGCACCAGUCAACAUGACUUCAUCACCACCAGUUGACAUUACUUCAGCACCAGGUAACAUGACAUCACCAGUCAACCCCACCACAUCACCAGUCAACAUGACAUCACCAAUCAACCCCACCUCAUCACCAGUCAACAUGACAUCGCCACCAGUCAACUUUACUUCACCACCAGUCAACAUGACAUCACCAGUCAACCCCACCUCAUCACCUGUCAACAUGACAUCACCACUUCCCAACAUGACAUCACCACCAGUCAACAUGACAUCACCAGCCAACCCCACCUCAUUACCAGUCAAUAUGACAUCGCCACCACCAAACAUUACUUCACUACCAGUCAACAUGACAUCACCAGUCAACCCCACCACAUCACCAGUCAACAUGACAUCACCAGUCAGCCCCACUUCAUCACCAGUUAACUUGACUUCACCAUCAGUCAACUUGACAUCACCACAAGUCAACAUUACUUCAACCACAGCCAAUCCCACCUCAUCACAAAUCAACAUGACAUCACCACUCAAAACAACCUUUUCACCAGUCAACAUUACCUCACCACCAGUCAACAUGACAUCAACAUUCAACCCCACCCCACCACCAGUCAACUUUACUUCACCACCAGUAAACAUGACUUCAUCACCAGUCAGCCCCACUUCAUCACCAGUCAACAUGACAUCAGCACCUGUCAACAUGACUUCAUCAUCACCAGUUGACAUUACUUCAGCACCAGGUAAUGCAAGCACUCCACCUGUCACUGGAACAUCAUCACCACCAAGCAUCACAACUACAAGCUCUCCAACUGCAACUACAACCCCAACACCUACCACAACAGAGUCAAAAAUCAAGUUGGAAUUUAAGAUUCAGCAAACCUUUACUCCUCAACUUGCAAACAAAUCUUCACCAGCGUUCCUUGAAUUAAAGAACGAAGUGACUACAGUGCUCGACAUGGUCUAUUCAGAACAAUAUGGAUCCAGCUUCAAUCGUACUGUCAUCAACAGCUUCAGUCAAGGAUCUGUGGUGGUAGAUGUUGAACUGAUAUUCAAUGAAGGGAAUACAUUACCAAAUGCCACUUCUGUGGCUGGAACUUUGGUGACUGCCUCUUCCAGUUCCAAUUUUUCUCUCAGUGUCAACACAUCUUCUAUUUCUGCAACAGUUGUUUUAGCUGCAACUCCAGCCCCAACCACAGUUGCCCCUUCAACACCACUUGUCAACAUCACCUCACCUCCAGUCAACAUGACUUCAUCACCAGUCAACCCAACAUCAUCACCAGUCAACCCAACAUCAUCACCAGUCAACAUGACAUCAUCACCAGUCAACAUGACCUCAUCAUCAGGUAACAUCACCUCACCACCAGUCAACAUGACAUCAACACCAGUCACCAUUACUUCACCCUUAGUCAACCCAACUUCACCAUCAGUCAACAUUACAUCACCACCAGUCAACAUGACAUCAACACCAGCCAACAUUACCUCACCAUCACUCCACCCAACUUCACCAUUAGUCAACAUGACAUCAACACCAGCCAACAUGACAUCACCGCCAGUCAACAUUACAUCACCACCAGUCAACAUGACAUCAACACCAGUCAACAUUACGUCACCAGUCAACCCAACAUCACCAUCAGUCAACAUGACAUCACCAUCAGUCAACAUGACAUCACCGCCAGUCAACAUUACAUCACCACCAGUCCACCCAACUUCACCAUCAGUCAACAUGACAUCACCACCAGUCAACAUUACAUCACCCUUCAACCCAACCACAUCACCAUUCAACAUUACUUCACCACCAGUCCACCCAACUUCACCUUCAGUCAACAUGACAUCACCACCAGUUAACAUGACAUCAUCACCAGCCAACAUUACUUCACCAUCAGUCAAUAUUACAUCACCAGUCAACCCAACCUCACCAUCAGUCAACAUUACUUCACCACCAGUCAACAUUACAUCACCAGUCAACCCAACAUCACCACCAGUCAACAUUACUUCACCCUCAGUCAACCCAACUUCACCAUCAGUCAACAUGACAUCACCAUCAGUCAACAUGACAUCACCGCCAGUCAACAUUACAUCACCCUUCAACCCAACCACAUCACCAUUCAACAUUACUUCACCACCAGUCCACCCAACUUCACCUUCAGUCAACAUGACAUCACCACCAGUUAACAUGACAUCAUCACCAGCCAACAUUACUUCACCAUCAGUCAAUAUUACAUCACCAGUCAACCCAACCUCACCAUCAGUCAACAUUACUUCACCACCAGUCAACAUUACAUCACCAGUCAACCCAACAUCACCACCAGUCAACAUUACUUCACCCUCAGUCAACCCAACUUCACCAUCAGUCAACAUGACAUCACCAUCAGUCAACAUGACAUCACCGCCAGUCAACAUUACAUCACCCUUCAACCCAACCACAUCACCAUUCAACAUUACUUCACCACCAGUCCACCCAACUUCACCUUCAGUCAACAUGACAUCACCACCAGUUAACAUGACAUUAUCACCAGCCAACAUUACUUCACCACCAGUAAACUUUACUUCACCACCAGAAAAUAUGACAUCACCGUUCAACCCCACCUCAUCACCAGUCAACAUGACGUCACCACUACACAACAUCACCUCACUUCCAGUAAACUUCACCUCAUCACCAUUCAAUCCCACUUCAUCACCAGUCAACAGGACAUCACCACUUCCAAACAUUACUUCACCACUAGUCAACAUGACAUCACCAGUCAACCCCACCUCAUCACCAGUCAACAUGACAUCGCCACCAGUCAACUUUACUUCACCACCAGUCAACAUGACAUCACAAGUCAACCCCACCUCAUCACCAGUCAACAUGACAUCGCCACAAGUCAACUUUACUUCACCACCAGUCAACAUCACAUCACCAGUCAACCCCACCACAUCACCAGUCAACAUGACAUCACCAGUCAGCCCCACUUCAUCACCAGUCAACAUGACAUCGGCACCAGUCAACAUGACUUCAUCACCACCAGUUGACAUUACUUCAGCACCAGGUAACAUGACAUCACCAGUCAACCCCACCACAUCACCAGUCAACAUGACAUCACCAGUCAACCCCACCUCAUUACCAGUCAACAUGACGUCACCACUACACAACAUCACCUCACUUCCAGUAAAGUUCACCUCAUCACUAUUCAAUCCCACUUCAACACCAGUCAACAGGACAUCACCACUUCCAAACAUUACUUCACCACUAGUCAACAUGACAUCACCAGUCAACCCCACCUCAUCACCAGUCAACAUGACAUCGCCACCAGUCAACUUUACUUCACCACCAGUCAACAUGACAUCACCAGUCAACCCCACCUCAUCACCUGUCAACAUGACAUCACCACUUCCCAACAUGACAUCACCACCAGUCAACAUGACAUCACCAGCCAACCCCACCUCAUUACCAGUCAAUAUGACAUCGCCACCACCAAACAUUACUUCACUACCAGUCAACAUGACAUCACCAGUCAACCCCACCACAUCACCAGUCAACAUGACAUCACCAGUCAGCCCCACUUCAUCACCAGUUAACUUGACUUCACCAUCAGUCAACUUGACAUCACCACAAGUCAACAUUACUUCAACCACAGCCAAUCCCACCUCAUCACAAAUCAACAUGACAUCACCACUCAAAACAACCUUUUCACCAGUCAACAUUACCUCACCACCAGUCAACAUGACAUCAACAUUCAACCCCACCCCACCACCAGUCAACUUUACUUCACCACCAGUAAACAUGACUUCAUCACCAGUCAGCCCCACUUCAUCACCAGUCAACAUGACAUCAGCACCUGUCAACAUGACUUCAUCAUCACCAGUUGACAUUACUUCAGCACCAGGUAAUGCAAGCACUCCACCUGUCACUGGAACAUCAUCACCACCAAGCAUCACAACUACAAGCUCUCCAACUGCAACUACAACCCCAACACCUACCACAACAGAGUCAAAAAUCAAGUUGGAAUUUAAGAUUCAGCAAACCUUUACUCCUCAACUUGCAAACAAAUCUUCACCAGCGUUCCUUGAAUUAAAGAACAAAGUGACUACAGUGCUCGACAUGGUCUAUUCAGAACAAUAUGGAUCCAGCUUCAAUCGUACUCUCAUCAACAGCUUCAGUCAAGGAUCUGUGGUGGUAGAUGUUGAACUGAUAUUCAAUGAAGGGAAUACAUUACCAAAUGCCACUUCUGUGGCUGGAACUUUGGUGACUGCCUCUUCCAGCUCCAAUUUUUCUCUCAGUGUCAACACAUCUUCUAUUUCUGCAACAGUUGUUUUAGCUGCAACUCCAGCCCCAACCACAGUUGCCCCUUCAACACCACUUGUCAACAUCACCUCACCUCCAGUCAACAUGACUUCAUCACCAGUCAACCCAACAUCAUCACCAGUCAACCCAACAUCAUCACCAGUCAACAUGACAUCAUCACCAGUCAACAUGACCUCAUCAUCAGGUAACAUCACCUCACCACCAGUCAACAUGACAUCACCCUUCAACCCAACCACAUCACCAUUCAACAUUACCUCACCACCAGUCCACCCAACUUCACCUUCAGUCAACAUGACAUCACCACCAGUUAACAUGACAUCAUCGCCAGUCAACAUUACUUCACCAUCAGUCAAUAUUACAUCACCAGUCAACCCAACCUCACCAUCAGUCAACAUUACUUCACCACCAGUCAACAUUACAUCACCAGUCAACCCAACAUCACCACCAGUCAACAUUACUUCACCCUCAGUCAACCCAACUUCACCAUCAGUCAACAUGACAUCACCAUCAGUCAACAUGACAUCACCGCCAGUCAACAUUACAUCACCCUUCAACCCAACCACAUCACCAUUCAACAUUACUUCACCACCAGUCCACCCAACUUCACCUUCAGUCAACAUGACAUCACCACCAGUUAACAUGACAUCAUCACCAGCCAACAUUACUUCACCAUCAGUCAAUAUUACAUCACCAGUCAACCCAACCUCACCAUCAGUCAACAUUACUUCACCACCAGUUACAACAAUGCCCUUGCCUGGUAAUGCAAGCACUCCGCCCGUCACUGGAACAUCAACACCACCAAGCAUCACAACUACAAGCUCUCCAACUACAACUACAACCCCAACACCUACCACAACAGAGACAACAUUUAAGUUGGGAUUUAAGAUGCAAGAAACAUUUACUCCUCAACUUGCAAACAAAUCUUCACCAGCGUUCCUUGAAUUAAAGAACACAGUGACCACAGCGCUGGACAUGGUCUAUUCAGAACAAUAUGAAUCCAGCUUCAAUCGAAUUGUCAUCAACAGCUUCAGUCAAGGAUCCGUUGUGGUUGAUGCUGAAGUGAUAUUCAAUGACGUGACAACAUUGCCAAAUGCCACGUCUGUGGCUUCAGCUUUGGCAACUGCUUCUUCCAGCUCAAAUUUUUCUCUCACCAUCAACGUAUCCUCUAUUUCUGCAACAGCUGUUUUGGCACCAACUCAAACCCCAACCACAGUUGCCCCUUCAACACCACUGGUCAACUUCACCUCACCUCCACUCACAACAGCUGCUCCAUCUGCUGCGCCUAAUGCAACAGCCGUUCCCACUGCUGCACCAGUUCCUUUAACCACAAUGGCAUCAAUCAUUUCUACUACAUCCAAUGAGGGAUCCCUUGGACUAAAGUUUAGUCUCAACCAAACAUUUACAGCAGAUCUCUCAAACUCAUCCUCAACAGCAUUCCAGACCUUGGCAGCAGAAGUGGUCAAAGAACUCAACAAAGUGUGUACAACUCUGUAUGGAUCAUCUUUCGUUCGCUCCGUUGUUAACUCAUUCACGAGUGGCUCGGUGGUUGCAGACACAACCAUUACAUUUAAAGAUACAAGCUCAGUUCCUUCAUCAAGCACAGCUAAUUCACAGCUCAGCAGUGCAUUAACAAGCAACUCUACCUCCCUGAGCGUUAUAUCAGGCAGUGUUUCUAUAACUUCUUCUACUGCUUCCACCGCCGCACCUACUGCUACAGCAGCUCCUACUGCAGCUCCAACUGCAGCACCAACUGCAGCUCCUACUGAAGCUCCAACUGCAGCACCAACUGCAGCUCCUACUGAAGCCCCAACUGCAGCACCAACUGCAGCUCCUACUGAAGCUCCCACUGCAGCACCAACUGCAGCUCCUACUGAAGCUCCAACUGCAGCACCAACUGCAGCUCCUACUAAAGCUCCAACUGCAGCACCAACUGCAGCUCCUACUGAAGCUCCAACUGCAGCUCCUACUGAAGCCCCAACUGCAGCACCAACUGCAGCUCCUACUGAAGCUCCAACUGCAGCUCCUACUGAAGCCCCAACUGCAGCACCAACUGCAGCUCCUACUGAAGCUCCAACUGCAGCACCAACUGCAGCUCCUACUAAAGCUCCCACUGCAGCUCCUACUACUGCCACCACAACAGCUUCUACUGAUCCUCCUACAUCCAGUGAGGGAACUCUUGGCCUUCAGUUGAGUCUCAACCAAACAUUUACAUCAGAUCUCUCAGACUCAUCAUCAACUGCGUACAAGACUUUGGCUGCAACAGUGAUCAGUGAGGUAAACAAAGUGGCUCAAAAACUCUAUGGAUCAUCUUUCCUUCGCAGCAUUAUUAACAAAUUCACGCAAGGAUCAGUGAAAGUUGACAUGACCCUUGUGUACACAAAUACAACCUCAACUCCUACAGCAAGCGAUGCAACUUCACAAUUCAGCACUGCGCUUAGCUCUUCAUCUCUGAAUAUUGUACAAGGCAGCGUUUCUGCACAAUCAACAUCCACGUCAAGCAGUCCCCCUCGGCCCACAAUGGGCUCAUUGGUCGUGUUUUCACUAACCCUGCUGGCUGUGGCCCUGACGAUGACAAACUAAUACCCAACAUCAAAGGCAGAUACACUUGGCUAAGAGCUAUCAAGUGGGAAAAAAGCAAUGAAACCAAACUGAAAGCAAGACAUAACAUGUGUGCAAAAUGAUAUUUACCAAUACAAUGUUAAAUGGUAAAAGGAUGUGUACUGUGUGUGCAAACGAUUUUGUUCAGUAUUUUAUACAUUUGAUGUUACAAUCAAUUGUGAUCAAUUCAAUUUCUUUUUUCUUUUCUUUAAAAAUAACUUGUCAUUGAGAUAAGUAAUCAAAAAUACCAUAUUUUAUACUAUUUUGGCUUUUUAUAACAGCUUCCAUUCAAUGUAUUUGUUUUGUAAAUGCUUAUUUUUAUACUAUUAGUCACAUGUCAUUUUAACCCAAAUGUUAAACUGUAUAGAAGAUAAUGUAAUAAAUAUGUAUUUAUAAUUAAAAGCAUAGAAAGAUCAAGCAGGACACAAAUUAGAUUAAAUGCCAAUGUUAAAUGUGAGUGAUGGAAGAAGUGUGCAGGUGAUGUAGCGUGGUGCCAAAAGCUUGUGUUUUUGUAAAAUGAUCUUGAUGUGGAAAAAUAAUGAUUCAUAUGACGUCUGAGGCAAACUACCAGUGUAGGACAUGUUAAACCAUGCUAGUCUGUCCCUUACCCAAACCAUGUCGUUUGUGGAAACAUUUUAGUUUCCACAGAAUGUCAUUACAAUACAAAUAAUUGUCAUUGAAUUGAUUAACACCAUUUUUCCUGUAUGACUUUGAGAAGGGGAAUAAUACAUAUGUGUAUCUUUGUUAAUCAAUAAAGUAUUUAAAUGUUAA